AUGCAGCCUUCAUUAAAUAACCUUGAACAUGGAAUUUAUCCAUCAUUUCGUAUGCGGAAUAAUUCGUAUUCGACUACCACAAUCACCAAUCCUUCCUUACACACUCCACCCUAUCCGACAUUAACCUAUCCUAAUAGUCAUGGUCAAACAUCCAUACAACAAUUUCUUAAUUCUGAUAUGCUUGCAUCUAUGUCACGUAGUAAUUCUCAACCAGAUUUAACCGCUGCUUUAAAUAAUGUUCAGUCAUCAUCCAAUCAUUUAACAUCAUCAAAGUCUAUGUCAGUUUGCUCCGAUGAUCUCUACAUGGAUAUCAGUGGUUGUAAUAGUUCAGGUGUUGUUGACGAUCUAUUCCUUGGAAUCGAAGCGGAUUUUAUUGGCACAUCUGACCUCUCAGAUUUCUUUGAGAAUGAUUAUUUUUCUGAAUUAGAUGAUACGCGUUCAUUAUUUCAACAAUUUCCAAACCCGUCUAGUCUUUUACCAGCUCCGCAACGCAGUGCACCCUCGUCACCAAAACUUCGAGGAAAAAACCGUACAAACAAUCAUGGAAGACAACUACCGACCAAAUUAUGGUCGAAAAUGACUAGUGAUGAACAAACAGCCACAACCGAUGAUUUAACCUUGAUUAUUAACAAGCAACUUGGACGACGAGAACAACUAGAAAUUAUUCGAAUUUUACAACCCGAUGGUCCACAACUAAUGCCACAUCAAACCGAGUUUAUCUUAGAUUUCUCUCAAAUGAAUGACGAAAAACAUCGGCGAAUUAAAAACAUCAUUAAAUUCAAUCUAAUUGGCACGAGCGGAUCUAUGAAUGAUGAAAGUGAUGGUUAUUCAUCGUUGUCGUCGAAUAAGAGUGAUCCAUUGCAUCAACGUAUCGAGAAAGCUUUAAAACUACGACAGCGCAAAGAACAGCGCCAAGCUGCUAAAGAACACCGAUCAGGUUUAUUUAAUGCUCAACAUCAUCAAGUAUUGGAACUAACCAAAUGCGAUGAAGAUAUUGAAGUAGAUAUUUUAUCAUAA